AUACUGUCACUGUCUCAAUCUCACUCAAAAUUAAUUUCUUAGGUUUUGUGGGGGACAUUGAAAGAAAAGAUUUCUUAUAAAAUCUUAUUUCCCUAUUACAUUACCAAUAAUUAAAAUGUCUGAUCUUCCUUACGGACCCCCAGUGCGAGUUUCACCACUCAUCAGGUUUAGCCGUUACUCCCUCCUUGGUGCCGGCAUUCUCUACGGGGCGUUCCACCAGAGCAGGCUCUCCAGGAAGGAAGCUAAGUUCCGUGAAAUCGAAGCCAAGGAGAAGGUGAUCCGCGACGAAAAGCUGAAGAAGGAGAAAGCGUUGGCUGCUGCCGCUGAAAUCAAGUCAUUGGAAGAGAUGGUGGCGCCUAAAAAGUGAAAUGGGACACAUACCAACGCUAGUUUUAAGUGAAUAGUGAAGACCGCCAUUUUGAAAGUGUUGCCAGUGUAAAAUUCUAAUUUUCAACUUAGAAUUUUACAAUGGCGAUGGAAACAUCCACUUUUUCAGUUGUAUUUAAUGAAAUAUAGGUGAUUAUUGUA